AUGGCUUUUCGGUAUCGGUAUAUCGAUAAAGCGAUAGCUCGUGAUAGUAAAGCAAUGGCGACAGUUAGUAAUUCUUCCUCGAGGAAUGCCAUUGCUGUGGCUGAAACCCAGGUAGAAAAUACUACCGGCGGUACUUCCAGAGAACCAAAGCUACCACCAAAGCCCAAGAACUUACCUCAUCCCGAAUACACUACUCCAAGAGGUGUAUCCCCUUUAAUAUCUGUACCCAAAGCAGGGUUACAGUAUCCAAAUUAUACGCCCUUCAAGCUCCCGGACUUGGUCGAACAUCCCUUUGUCGAUAGAGGAAUUGAUUCAGAUCCGAAGAAGAGCAAACUUCUGGGUGCAGCAUCAGAAGUGAAGCAUCUAACUCCGUCGAUUGGAACCGAGCUCGUGGGAAUCCAACUCACAUCCCUUGAUGAUACUCAAAAGAAUGAACUUGCUCGUUUGGUCGCAGAACGUGGGGUUGUUUUUCUACGAGAUCAAAAAAUGGAUGUCCAUGAACAGAUAGAAUUUGGGUCAUACUUCGGAGAACUUCAUAUCCAUCAGAUGGCAGGAAUCAUUCCUGACUUGCCAUGGGUUCAUCCAAUUCAUAAGGACGAAACCGCCAAAAAUGGUCGAUCACACCAAAUAUGGCAUUCGGAUGUGAGUUAUGAGAUCCAACCACCAGGAUUGACCUUUUUGAGAAUGGAUACACUUCCGAAGGCUGGGCCUGAUGGAUAUGAAGCUGGUGGAGAUACGAUAUGGGCGAGUGGUUAUGGUAUCUAUGAAUCAUUAUCUCCAACUUUAAAAGGUAUCCUGGAAACCCUUGAAGCGAAACAUAGUGGCCUUGAACAGGCCGAAAAAGCACUCAAAGGCAAUGGCUGCCUUCGAAGGAAUCCUAUUGAGACAAUACAUCCUGUCGUAAGGACACAUCCAGUAACCGGACAAAAGACUUUAUAUGUGAACGAAAACUUUACCAAAGAAAUUGUUGGCGUCGAGAAAAGAUUCAGCGAGUCACUUCUUGAUUUCCUCAAUCGAACUGUCGCCGAAGCAUACGAAUAUCAAGUGAGAUGGAAAUGGUCGACCAAUGCAGUUGCGAUUUGGGAUAAUCGGGCUACUUUCCACACGGGGAUUUUUGACUACUAUCCCCAUUUGCGACAUGGCUUGCGUGUUGCGACUCAAGCAGAAAAGCCUACCAAAUGA